AUGUCCUCAAAGCCUCAGCAGCUUCAUCCCAAGAGGCCUGAACCUAAAAAAGAAAGGAAGAAACAGUCUAAACAGAGCAAAUCUCCCAGACUCGCUCUUCCCAAAAAUGGCAACACGGCAGUUUCAUUAAAACCUCUAGGAGGAGCUCCAGUGCCUCCUUUGACAGCAAAGUCACUGAUCACUCCUCAGACUGUCAAACGCUCUCUGGCGGCGUUUAAAGACAUUUUUGCUUCAGUCAUAGAGUCUUCGACUGUGGACAGACGUCAGACUAACAGAUGUAAUGUCAGAUCACGUCCGUCUGAGGAAAUCUGUGUAGCAGGCAGUAACACUCAUGCAGCUGACAACAGCCCAGACAACCAGGAGACCACACAAGACAGCAGACCACGUGGGUCUCUGCUCCCUGACCUGUUUCCUGUUUGGAAAGAGUUCCAGCUUCAUCACGGAGUUUCUCUCGGUUUGUGGGCUCAUCUAAAGGACCAACGUGGAUCGAGAAGUCAGCGCUCUCAGGAGGCCGACAAUUUUGUUGAAGAAAGAAGUGGAAGAAAAAAAUAUAACAGCGACGAGUUUGGGAAAGAUUUUACUGUGAAAGCUUCCCUAAAAAUGCAUCAGGUCAUCCACACCGGAGAGAGACCGUUCAGCUGUGACGACUGUGGAAAGUCUUUUACCACGUCUGGAAACUUAAAAACACACAAACUCAUCCACAGCGGAGAGAGACCUUUCAGCUGUGACGAGUGUGGAAAGUCUUUUACCACAUCUGGACACUUAAAAACACACAAACUCAUCCACACUGGAGAGAGACCGUUCAGCUGUGGAGACUGUGGAAAGUCUUUUACCAAGUCUGGAAAGUUAAAAACACACAAACUGAUCCACACUGGAGAGAGACUGUUCAGCUGUGACGAGUGUGGAAAGUCUUUUACCCACUCUGGAAGCUUAAAAACACACCAACUCAUCCACACUGGAGAGAGACAGUUCAGCUGUGGAGACUGUGGAAAGUCUUUUACCGAGUCUGGAAACUUAAAAAGACACCAACUCAUCCACAUCGGAGAAAGACAGUUCAGCUGUGGAGACUGUGGAAAGUCUUUUACCGAGUCUGGAAACUUAAAAAGACACCAACUUAUCCACACUGGAGAGAGACCGUUCAGCUGUGACGAGUGUGGAAAGUCUUUUACCCACUCGGGAAGCUUAAAAACACACAAACUCAUCCACACUGGAGAAAGACCGUUCAGCUGUGACGAGUGUGGAAAGUCUUUUGCCCACUCUGGAAGCUUAAAAACACACCAACUCAUCCACACUGGAGAGAGACCGUUCAGCUGUGGAGACUGUGGAAAGUCUUUUACCGAGUCUGGAAGCUUAAAAAGACACCAACUAAUCCACAGUGGAGUUAAAGCGUACACCUGUGAUCAGUGUGGCAGAGCUUUUACUCACAGUACCAGCUUACAGAGUCAUCUAGUUACCCACUCUGGAAUUAAGGCGUACAGCUGUGACAUUUGUGGAAAAACUUUCAGCCGGAUAGGGAACCGAAAUAUUCACCUACGCAUUCACACCAAACAUGAUGUGUACAGCUGUGAUCAGUGUGGUAAACACUUUACUACAAACACAGAGUUCCAACGUCACAUGUUUACCCACACUGAGGAACGACCUUAUAAAUGUGACCUGUGUGAGAAGACUUUUAAAUAUCCACGUUACCUGAAAGGACACCAACAGAUCCACACCAGAAAGACUCUACAAGUGCAGUUACUGUGA